UCAGAAUUGUUUUCAUUGUCGGUAAAAUCAUUUUUUUAGAAUAAAAUGUGUGCUUAAAUUUAUUAAUAUUAAUUUAUAAUAGAAAAAAAGACUUUUUAAUUAUAUUCUAACUAAUUUAGUGUAAUAUGGGACGCAUUAAUUGGAAAUUACCUAAACUUUCUAAAAACCUAGUUAAUUUUUUUCAAUUGAGAUGGUCUUAUAUGCAAUUAUGUUGGCGUUCCUUGACUUACAAUCAUCACAUGAAUGCGUCCUAUGCAACCGAUGUUUGUAUGGAACCAGUUUUUUGGAUUGUUGAUAACUACACACAUUUAUUAGGGCCGUUUUUUGUAGUUGGUGUAGCCUUGUUAACCACAGCUGUUGUUAGUAUUGCCUAUUGGAUAGGAUUGCCAUUUUGGUGGGAAAAAAGUCAAUUAGCCACUGUUUUUCUAUUAAUAGUGGGAAACUGGUUGCUUAUCAAUGUUGUUUUUCAUUAUGUUAUGGCGGUAAUAACACCGGCAGGAGAACCUCCAGAAGGCAUUUCAUUAAACGAAGCAGUAGCCGUUUGCAAAAAAUGCAUUACACCCAAACCACCGCGUACUCACCAUUGUUCUGUAUGUAAUAAAUGUAUACUAAAAAUGGAUCACCAUUGCCCCUGGCUUAAUAAUUGUGUUGGUUUUGGCAAUCAUCGUUACUUUUUCUUAUACAUGUUCUAUACAACAAUUGGUUGUUUAUUUUUAAUUUUAUUUGGCUUUGAAAUUGGUUACAAUUAUUUAUGGUUAGAUCAUGGUGAGCAUUGGACGGAAACAGAACCUUUAGAGGGAGAACCAGUAAAAUUAAAUUUAAGCGGUCAUAUAAUACCAGAUAGUCAUCUCCAUGAAUACGAUGAUGAUGUUUUAUUACCAGCUCAACAUAAUUUACCAACACCUGCCCAUGUGAUUAUGAAUGACAAUAGUAUUUAUAACAUCAGUAAACGUAGAGCAUUAUGGUUUAUGGCGAUAAUAUGUUCGGCCGUAGUAGUAGCAUUGGGUACUCUCUGUUCCUGGCAUGCUAAGUUAAUAACACGUGGUGAAACUAGCGUUGAGGCUCAUAUAAAUCAAUCGGAACGUAAACGUCUGCUUCUGCAAAAUAAGAUUUAUAUAAAUCCUUAUAAUUUUGGACCAGAAAAGAAUUGGCGUUUAUUUUUGGGUGUAGUAAGAGGGCGCACCUUUUGGCGUACAGUUCUUUUGCCAUCUUGGCAUAAACCUGAAAGUAAUGGCUUGCGGUUUCACACCAUACAUGACUAUGCCGCUCAAAGUGAUGAGUGGGCAUAAAUUAUGUUUCGAAACAUAUAUAUAUAUAUAUAUAUAUAUAUAUAUAUAUAUAUGUUAGUAGAUAUUUCAUUUCAUUCGAAAAAAAGUCAUUCCCAUUUAGAAACUUUUUAUUUAUAGAAAAAUUUGUAUGUAUUUAUAAGUUAAAACUUAUAUUAAGUUUUAAAUUUUUCUCUAAGUCAUAGCCUUAUUUAAAUGCAUUUAAUUAAGCGUAUAAUAAUUUUAGAUAUUACCAUUAAAAGAAAAUUAUUUAAAUGUAAAAAUACAUA